AUGUCUACGAGGCCAAACUCGUGUGCAAGUAGCAUUCCUCGCAUUCGUCGCGGUCCACAACGCUCCACCUACGCAGCUCUUACGCACGUCAAUCUGUCACAUAUGCGACCCCAAGUGACCGCACUCUCUGAGCCCGGUACAGAGUCUCCAGACUCUGGGAGCUUUCCCGAAUCGUCCGUUUGCCCAGAGGAAAGCAGGGUUGCGACAAUCGGCGGUUCUGAUAUCGCCUCACUCUCCGAGGAAGCAAGCCAGGCAUCGCUACCACGACCAAGCUCAGCAACAUCAGGACGCGACGUCCACUCUUCACCAGGAAAACAUCAGUUUGGCUUCUCUGGUUUUGCUGCUACACGACCCAGUCCAGCUCCAGCUCCUCACCCAUCGACGGGGUCAUUGGUUCAAGCUACUCGGGAACCAUUCAGACGCAUGAUGGCGCAGCGAGCUAGGACAGAUCCCGAGCUCAUGUCUGCCAUGCAGGCUGUUGCUGCGGGCGUGGCAACUCCGCAGCAGAGUAUCUUUGUACAAAGCCGCAUUUCAGAGUCAUUCGACAAUCUCCGAAGACAGAAUCACGCUCUCGCACCACGACUUGCGGCAUCUUCUCCAGGAGCACACUUUCCAGAAGACUUAACUCAAAGCUCGCCGUUCGAUGGACUCCCUGGAGGGCAACCACCAACAAGCAGAGUGCGCUCAAGGCGAUCUGACAGCCACCUAGUUGGGCCAACCUCUGUGCGAGGUGGAUCUCGCAUGCUCCAAGAUAUUGGCCCUCAUCCGAUGAUGCACUUGAGUGGUCGCUUUGUUGAGGAUACUGAGCACGGUACGUAUUACACAUUUCAUGAGACCAUCAAAUUACCACCAACAUACACACGAGAAGAUAUGAGACGCGCUUGCGAUCUUGCAUUUCCACACGAAUCGGCCGUUCGAAACCGUGGGCCUUCCCAAACGUCCUCGUGCGAUCAUCGCACUGGAGCUCCAUCCCAUUCAGAACCUCGCGGAACCCCGAGAAGAGUGUCAUCGCUUGCAAGAGCACAAUACGAUGGCAUUUCAGCGUUCCCACGGUCCUUGUACAAUGAAUCACGGCGCCCCGUUGGGCCUGCGCGCCGAUCAAGCCAUUCCACUCCCAAUCUUCUCGCAGCUGCCAGUAUCUCAGCAUUACCACCAAGCUCUCCUCCACCCAGCUCCCCUUCCUUGCAAGGUCGACCAUACAUCACUGGCAGUAAUCAAUUAGUCACACCUAGCGACUUCGAUGAGUCUUAUCGCAACCCCGUCAAUGCAGCACGACUAGACUUGUCUUCCCCUCUCGAUUUGAUCCAAUCACGCGGACAUGCUCACAUGCAUAAUUCAUCAUCUAGUACAUCGAUUUAUUACUACACGGCAAGCUCGCAACCACGAGUCAGCAUUACUUCACCCGGCCUACCUGGUCAGCUACACUCUCCGCGUUCUUUCCUUGUCUCUCCACCUAGGAAUCCCACUCCGCUGCCAACAAGAACAGGUUCGAGACGUUCAACUAAACGCUCAACGUUUGGAUCCCUUCGACGAUCUCGGAUUCCUUCGCCCCUUCCUUUCACUACAGGAACUACAUACAAUCCAAGCCUAGCUGCUAGAUCCAGAUCCCAUAACCGAUCCAGUGGUGGUGGUGGUGGUGCACUACCUCCACCAACACGCAGAGUCCCUCGCCCAUUGCCAACUCCACGGCGACGGCGAAACGCCUCACCCUUCGAUAGUAGCAACGAUCAGCAGCUCCGAGCGCCUGCACUGAUCAGGACCCAGGCUCGGUCUAGUGAAAAUGCUGAGUCUGCAUCAUCUCCGCGCAUAGCGACACGCAAUCAAAGCGGCAAUGGUCCCAACUUGCAAACCCUCCCCAUCCCCGAGGUCUUCAUAAACAACCGCCAAGUCCCCGCUGGUCCCCGCAUCCCACCGAAUGCCUCAAACCCCCUACGACCUAUAUACAGCAGUUCCCCUCGCGUCUCCAGUGGUCAGCACGGGUCUCUCAUGCAGGCCAGAAGUCCACGAGCUCCCCGCUCUUCAGAGAACGAGUCUUACGCCGGACCACUAGCACCACCCAUCCACGCUGCCAGGAGCCCUCACGCGCCUCGCUCUUCAGAGAACGAAUCAUACGUUCCACCACCGCCCAUCUACGCUGCUAGGAGCCCUCGCGCGUCCCACUCUUCAGAGAACGAAUCAGACAUUCCACCCCCACCGCCCAUCCACGCGGCCAGGAGUCCCCAGGCCCUCCGCUCCUCGGAGAACGAGAGCUACAUCUCACCACGCCCACCACAGCCCGUCCCCACUCCCAGAAGCGCACGUGCGCCCCGUUCCCCGGAGAACGAGAGCCACAUCGCUCCAACCGGCGAGACUUUCGCGCUGCCCCUCCCCCUCCCCACCCCCGUCCCUCCGCCCCGCCCAGCGCACUCCGCGACCCACAUGCACAGCUCCCGCCUCCCGACGCCAGGUGCCCAGCCCUCCCAGUCGUACCACCCUCAUCGCCGCAGGAACGCAGUCUCAAACGGCUCAGAUGAGCGUGAGCGACCGCGGGCGAGUGCUGUAUCGCAACCGACGAGCGGGAACGCUAACGCGACUGCCUUGGCUAUCCGUACACGAGGGCCUAGGCUCCCGGCGUGGCAGCACGAGCAGGAGAACUCGGGCGAGGCGGAGGAGGCGUUGAUGAUGGCGGAGAUUAGGGUCAGGGGGGCGAGGGAGGGGUCGGGGGGGUUGGAUGUGUUGGAUGAGACGCCGCCGCGGCUGGGGCGGUUUGAGAGGAGGAUGAUGGGGUUGUAG